UCUUUCACUGAUCAUGCGCAAUUAACCCUGCAUGUACAAGCAUACACGUAGAGUAGACAGUGUCUUCUUCAAUUUACACUACGCAACAUUCUGACAUUUGUCCCGGCAACUCACUCGCUAUAAACCUCGCUCGCAUGGGUUUUAUUACAUUUCGCUAUGUGGUGAUAGAUUUACUGAAAAGACCUACUGCAAGUAAAAGUGAGAUUCAGCCUCACACUUAAUUUCUGUAUCCGGCAUUGUGUAUUUUGUGCUGAGAAACACUGCAUUACAAACGAAACUCCAAACUUGUAUUCUUUGGUAUGAUGAAUAUCAGAUUUGAGUUUCGGCAUUGAAGAUUAUUAUCAAACGAAAUAGGACACAAUUAAGUGGUACAACGUUACACAACGAAUUCAAUUUACCAAAAGGAAUUCAAUCUUACAACACUGUCGUAUGAAAGUCUUGUCACAGUUAAACUGUAACAAGACUUGCGGUAUUAAACUGCAUAUCGUAAUUACACCACGUACGUAUACGCACUUCCACCGGUAUUCAACUCGAAAGCUUUUAUGGUACAAAGAGCGCGACUCGGGAACAGUGCAAGCCUGCGGUUUGUCAAGCGGUGUUUUUGUAACGGUAGCUUACACUAGGGGGUUGGCGGUCAGUAGAAUAACCCGGCUAUCGAUCGCGCCUUAAGCUCUAAAUUACAGCAAUUUGUUCUGGUGGUAUGGAGUAGUUCAAGCACAUCGACAUGUACUGAUCAGCGGAUGGUGACGGCAUAAAAAGUACGGUAACUGGACGUGGUGAAACUGUUUCACUUUCUUACAGGACUUCAACGAGAAAUCCAACAUGGCAUCAAGUAACAUCCUGAUGCACUUCAUCAUCGUUAGUGUGGCAUUCUUGGCUAUUGCUACGGACGCCGUACAAGCAAGGCCUGGUGGUCGUGGUGGUCAUAACAGUGGACAAGCGGUGGACAGAUUACCGCUAUUCCCAGACAAGUCAGCGUGGUGUGAAGCCCAAGGAAUACAACAGGUUAUCAGUCACGAUGGGUGCACGUCCAAGAAAAUUGCAAAUAAGGUAUGCCUUGGUCAGUGUUACAGCUACAGUGUUCCCCGCACUAUGCCAACAGAGACUAACUCACAGCUCCAAUAUUGCAGCUGCUGCAAACCAUCAAGGGCUACGUGGCAAAAGAUACCGCUGGAUUGUGUUAUGGAUAGCACCUCACAGAAAGUGGACAAACUUGUGGAGUUGGUUCAGGAAUGUGAAUGUCAGAGUUGUACAGGUUCAGUUGCAAGUGGCUUCGAUGGAUUCAUCAACCUGUGACUGCACAUCGCCGCAAAGAUAUGAUGUAAUCAGACAUACAAUUUGCUCUGCAUGCAUUUUGUUCGUAUCCAUUAAAAACAGCACUAAAAAUCAAACCUAACCCGCAAGUUUCAGCUGAGUGGAUAUUACAGUUUUCAAAAAACUGUGAAAGCCAUGCACAAUGUUUUGAUCACGGAACACGACCGAUUUCGCCAAUAGAGCUCUUUAUUCCAAAUAUGAAUCAACUGACUGAUAAUUGAAAACCACCUGAAUUUCUUGAUUUCUUCUAAACGACAGCAAGCCAGACGGAACGAUGUCAACAGGUGUUUUAGCGACACUACUUGUACAAUCUUUAAUCCGUGUCAAUUUUUGAUAAUAAUUCGGUCAGUUACUUUGAAGAUAAAUGCAAAUGAUCGUACGUGCCUUUAAAGAGUAGGUUUUUAUGGGCAAAACUGGUCUGGAGAAAGUCAAGAAAGAUCAGUCGAAGUGUAUAAGAUAUGUAAAUAAAACCAUCUUGUAAUUGCAGAGUUACAUGACUUGUGACCUGUUGUUUGCUUGUUUAUUUUUAGCGCCUAGAUACUUCUAAUAACAUGUUGGAUUUUUUGGUAUCUACAAAUGGUGCAUCAACAUCUACAUUGUAAAUAACGACGCUAAACAUUGUGAGAAAUGUGACUAAAAUGCACACUCAAUCAAUACUGUAUUUUCAAGAUGCUUUUCAUAUUUUCAUUCUACAAAUUCAAAUUUGAGAAAUAAAAAGAACUACAUGUAUCUGUCAAAUGAAAUGUAACGAUUACAUUCGUUGCAUUUUAUUUAACAGAUAGUUCUUUUCAUUUCACAAAUGUGAGUUUGUAUGCUGUAAUGCAUUACAAAAUAAUUCACACAUUUCCUCAUUUUCAAGGCAUUGACUGUUUUUAAAUUUCACACAUGGCUCUAUUUGCGAGAUAAUUUAAAAACGUUUUGGUACCUGUUAAUAUUACCAUCUACGGGCAUUGUUAAACCAACCGUUCAUUAUCGAUUGAUUUUAUUGCACUAGGACUCAUAUCCAUAAAAAUGUAUCAAAAAUAUGUAAAUAUGAUUUGAAAGAUGUAAAUAAACAAAAUGUAACGUUUUGGUUUUUAUAGUAAGACACAGCAGUAGCAAGUUGUAUUCGAUGUAAUAUUGGAUAUUAAAAACAUUUGUGAAAUUU